CCGUGCUGACCAGCGGGAGCGGUGAGGAGAGAAGCCAUUAGCUAAAUCCGAAUCCGAGAAUCCCAAACAGCGGUUCUAAGUUUUUUCAUCCGAGAUGGGGCGACACCGGAGACCGCUGGAGGAGACCAAGCUGCGGGGAGAAGCUUUACCUCCAGACGUUCUAAAAGUGAUUGUUGGUAAAGAGGAGCCGCAAGAGUGUAGCUCCAGUGUGGACCAGCAGGAGCCAGAGUACCCCCCACACAUUAAAGAGGAACCAGAGGAACUGUGGAGCAGUCAGGAGGGAAAGCAGAUUGAAGGGCGGGAGGAGGCUGAUAUUACUAAGUUCCCAUUCACUCCUGUCCCUAUAAAGAGUGAAGAUGAUGAAGAGGAAGCUCAGUCCUCACAGCUUCAUCAAAGAAAAAAUCAACACAUGGAAACAGAAGCUGAUGGGGAGGACUUUGGAGGACCAGAACCAGCCAGGAACUCACAUCCACUUUUACAACCAGAGACUGAUGACAGUGUUGAUAGUGAUUUUUGGAAAGAGACAAGACCGCGAUCAUUUAGCUGCUCUAACUGUGGGAAAACAUUUGCCUGCAAGGCAGAUCUGAAGACACACAUGAAAUGUCACACAGGAGAAAAAACUUACAGCUGCUCAGUUUGUAAGAAAUCUUUUACGCAGAGUUGGUGUUUACAGAAACACAUGAGAGUUCACACAGGAGAGAAACCAUUUAGCUGCUCUGAGUGUGGUAAAGCUUUUACGCAGAAACUACGUUUACAGAUACAUAUGGCCCACCACACAGGAGAGAAACCAUACAGCUGUGUAGUUUGUGAGCGAAGAUUCCCCUGGUCCACCAGCCUCAAUGUUCAUCAGUGUGUUGGUAGUCAGACCUCACAGCUUCAUCAAAGACAGGCUCAACACAUGGAAACAGAAGCUGAUGGAAAAGACUGUGGAGGACCAGAACCAGCCAGGAACUUGCCUCCACUUUCACAACCAGACUCUUCUGAUCCUGAGACUGAUGACAGUGCUGAUUGGAAGGAGACUAGAGAUCCCCAGUCAGCUUUAAACUCUCUGAAACAUGAUUCAAGAUGUAAGAAACCAUUCAGCUGCUCUAAGUGUGGGAAAAGAUUUGGCUUCAAGUCACAUCUGAAGACACACAUGAUAAGUCACACAGGAGAAAAACCUUUUAGCUGCUCAGUUUGUAAGAAAUAUUUUACACAGAGUGGACAUUUACAAAAACACAUGAGAACUCACACAGGAGAGAAGCCUUUUAGCUGCUCAGUUUGUAAUAAAUCUUUUACACAGAGUGAAAAUUUACGGUCACACAUGAGAAAUCAUACAGGAGAGAAACCUUUUAGCUGCUCUGAGUGUGGUAGAGCUUUUAGUGAAAAUGGAACCCUGAAGAAACACAUGAUAACUCACACAGGAGAAAAACCUUUCAGCUGCUCAGUUUGUAAAAAAUCUUUUACACAAGGUGGACAUUUACAAACACACAUGAGAAUCCACAAAGGAGAAAAACCUUUUAGUUGCUCUGAGUGUGGUAAAGCUUUCACUGAAAGUCAACACCUAAAGAGACACAUGAUAACUCACACAGGAGAAAAACCUUUCAGCUGCUCUGAGUGUCAAAGGAAAUUUGGUCGCAAGUCAGAUCUGGAAGAUCACAUGAUAACUCACACAGGACAAAAACGUUUUAGCUGCAGUGUUUGUAAUAAAUAUUUUACACAGAGAGGAAGUGUACAAAAACACAUGAGAAUCCACACAGGAGAAAAACCAUUUAGCUGCUCUGAGUGUGGUAAAGCUUUCACUGAACGUGGAACCCUGAAGACCCACAUGAUGACUCAUUCUAGAGAAAAACUAUUCAGCUGCUUAGUCUGUAAAAAAUGUUUUACACAGAAUGGAAAUUUACAAAAACACAUGAGGAUCCACACAGGAGAGAAGCCUUUUAGCUGCUCUGAGUGUGGUAAAACCUUCAGUGACAGUGGAACCCUGAAGAACCACAUGAUAACUCACACAGGAGAAAAACCUUUCAGCUGCUCAGUCUGUAAAAAAUCUUUUGCACGGAGUGGAGAUUUAUGGUCACACAUGGCUGUCCACACAAGAGAGAAAAGAUUCAGCUGCAGUGUUUGUAACAAAAGAUUUGCAUGGCGCUCUCAGUUCAAAACACAUAAAUGUGUUGGUCCGAUGGAGACAGAAGCUGAUGGAGAGGACUGUGGAGGACCAGAACCAGCCAGGAACUCACAUCCACCAUUACAACCAGAGACUGAAGACCAGGCAUGAGGCUCUUCUGAUCCUGAGACAGAUUAUUUGUGAUCAAAUUCUUUUUUUAUUUAAAGAGUGCAAAAGUUUGGUCCAGAUGACAACAUACAGAAGAGUGCAUUACACACACAGACGAAGGCACAGUUCACCUUUUCCACAAUCCUUCAUUGCAAACAAAUGUUUCACUCUACAACAAAGACAGGAAAUGCGGGAAGGUGGGAGCUACAACAAAAACACAAUAGCAAGAACGAUGCCCGCUGCUCACAAACAAGACACACAGAAACUGACACAGACAAACACAAACAAGCCAACAAACCAACAAGCCAAGAGGCAUUGACAGGGAGACUGGCACAAGUCAAGAGUGACCAAACAAACACAGACAGAAGUGAGAAGGACAUAGUUAAAAUCUAUAGCAUGGCCUUCAAGGAUACAGAAAUGCUGAUCCAAGUGCCCAAAGUCCUUCCCAGGGCUCCACCUAUGCGAGCCGUGGAGAGAUCCAUAUACACAACAUCCAGCAGGGAAAGGGUUUAAGUAUGAAUAGACAAGUCAUGAGGUGGUGUUUAACGCGUUGUAAUCAUUCUCUUGGCAGCUGUAAGUCCAGCAAAAACGGCACGUUUUUGAAGUUUUAGA